AUGAUAGGUAAAAAUCCAAAGAAUAUAAGUGAAGUUAAAUUUCAACAGUUGGAUACCAACGAUUUGGACAGUGUUCGUACUACCAUUGUGGAAUCUUCCGUUAAGCCCGCGAAAAAGACUGACUGGUUGGGGUGUGUUACUGAUGAUGAAGAUUCAAGUUCGGAUCUAUUGUACUCGACGCAGACCUUUCGUCGUUUGAAGAAUAGACAUGUUCAAUUGAUUGCUAUAUCAGGUGUUAUUGGUACUGCUUUAUUUGUUGCCAUCGGGAAGGCUCUAUACAAGGGUGGACCAGCAUUCCUGUUGAUUGCGUUUGCAUUAUGGUGUGUUCCAAUUUUAUGCAUCACUGUUUCCACUGCUGAAAUGGUUUGUUUCUUACCUGUGAGUUCUCCGUUCUUGAGAUUGGCUGCUAGAUGUGCGGACGACUCGCUGGCGGUGAUGGCAAGUUGGAAUUUUUGGUUCCUACAAUGUGUACAGAUCCCCUUUGAAAUUGUCUCUGUGAACACUAUUAUACACUAUUGGAGGGAUGAUUACUCUGCGGCAAUCCCACUAGUUGUUCAGAUCGUACUGUAUUUUUUGAUUUCUAUCUGCGCUGUGAAAUAUUAUGGGGAGACUGAAUUUUGGUUGGCAUCUUUCAAGAUCAUAUUAGCCCUUGGAUUAUUUCUAUUCACUUUCAUCACUAUGCUUGGCGGGAACCCCAAGCAUGAUCGUUACGGAUUCAGAUACUAUGGAGAAACCCCGUUCAAGAAAUAUUAUCCCAAUGGCGAUAAAGACGCUGGUGCUUCGGUAGGUUAUUUCCAAGGUUUCCUAGCAUGUUUGAUUCAAGCUUCAUUCACGAUCGCAGGUGGUGAGUAUAUCUCUAUGUUGGCCGGUGAAGUGAAAUUGCCAAGAAAAGUAUUGCCCAGAGCAUUCAAGCAAGUGUUCUAUAGAUUGACUUUCUUGUUCUUGGGGAGUUGUCUAUGUGUCGGGAUCAUUUGCUCUGCAAAUGACCCUGCGUUGACUGCAGCAAUUGAUGAGUCCAGACCGGGGGCAGGUUCAUCUCCUUAUGUGAUCGCUAUGAACAACCUGGGUAUCAAAGUUUUGCCAGAUAUCGUUAACGCAGCUCUAAUCACAGCUGCUUUCUCUGCAGGUAAUGCUUACACCUAUUGUUCCUCAAGAACUUUGUACGGUAUGGCACUCGACGGGUACGCUCCAAGAAUCUUCACAAGAUGCAACAAACAUGGUGUCCCAAUUUAUUCAGUAUUGAUCUCUUUACUUUGGGGCCUGAUUAGUCUGUUGCAGCUCAACGACAAUAGUGCCGUGGUGUUGAAUUGGUUGAUUAAUCUAAUUACCGCUUCGCAGCUGAUAAACUUUACUGUCCUCUGCAUAAUCUAUCUCUUUUUUAGGCGCGCCUAUCUUCUUCACAAAGAUAUCCUACCAAAGCUACCUUUCAAGUCCUGGGGUCAACCAUACACUGCCAUUGUCGGGCUAGUCUCGGCAACUGCGAUGAUUCUCAUUCAGGGAUACACGGUUUUCUUCCCAAGUCUAUGGACAGUAAGAGAUUUCCUAUUCUGCUACCUCAUGGUUUUCAUUGAUAUAGGAAUUUACAUCGGUUACAAAUUUAUCUGGCGCCGUGGCAGGGAUAAAUUCAAAGAUCCAAAAACAGUCGAUUUUUCAAAAGACUUGAAAGAAAUCGAAUCACAUGAAGUGGACCACUCCUUUGAGAAGUUUAGGCACUACCACGAAGCAUAG